AUGCCUGGCAUAGGCCAGGCCUUUCGAGGGGCCAUGCUCUCGCAGAGCCGACGGCACCAAAGGGUGCGCCAUGCUGCCGUCGUCGCAUCCGCGGCUUGCCUCUUAGGGGUACGCCUGGCCCCCUUCACCUUUGCUUUCGCUGGGUCCUGGCCCAAGCCACAGCGGCAGUGGACCCGACGGUAUGCAGAGACCGCAACAGCUCCUUACCGGGUACUGGUGCCCAUCGCAGAGGACUCCGAGGAAAUCGAGACGGCCUGCAUCACCGACGUACUCACCCGAGCCGGAGCAGAUGUGACUGUGGCGAGUGUCAGCGGCGCGCUUCAGGUGCGCAUGUCCAGGGGACUGAAGGUGGUCGCGGACACGAGCAUCGAGGAGUGUGCCGACCAGCAAUGGGAUGUGAUCGCCCUACCAGGUGGUAUGCCAGGAGCUGAACAUCUGCGCGACUCGCAGGUUCUGGUGGACUUGCUCAAGGCACAGAAAGAGAGCGGCCGACUCACCGCGGCUGUUUGCGCCAGUCCAGCCGUGGUGUUUGCACACCAUGGGCUGGUGAAGGAUGCGGCCACCUGCUAUCCAGCACCGCAGUUCAAGGAACUGGUAGGUGCUGGGUGGAAGGAUGCUAAGGCGGUGGUGGAUGGCAACGUCAUUACCAGUCAAGGUCCUGGGACUUCGCUGCAGUUCGCGCUGAAGAUUGUGGAGCAGCUCUAUGGCAAAGAUAAAGCCGAGGAGUUGGCUGCCCAGAUGGUCACUGUUACAGCAUGUUCUGCCAAUGUACAUGGCAUUUCGAGGUAUCAGCCGAAAGAUUUUUCCAAGAGCUCCAGUUGCUUCACGACGCUACAGCAAGUGCAUUGUUACUUACACUUCGAUUGUGUGAAUACCAUGUCGGCCUAUGGCUUACGGCUGAUCAACAACAAUGCGACUCCCGGCGGGAACGGCCGGGAUUUCAUCGUUUUCGGCGAUGAAACCUUCAGACGGGGAAAGGCGGAGAGCCCCGCAGUCAGAGGAAGUCCGGCGAUGGAGGUGCUGCGUGCUCGGCGAAAGGCUCGAGCGGCAGAACGGGCUCUUGCAGAGUCGGGAAGUUUGCCCGGUCUUGCGGCGACGCAGCGAAAUGGCUCCGCACGCUUGGGACCAGGUUUGGCAGUGAUUCAAAAAUGGAAUCGGAUUCACACCAUGGGCGUGCGAAGCGACGCAGAUCGCUUACGUUACGUUGAGCCGUCUAUGUCAACGGAUGGCCCGGCUGCGCAGCGGCCGACGUACCCCGCAAAGGGCAGUGAUCCGAUGAUGUCUUGGGAGGCGGCGUUGUUUCAGCGUCCGACUUUCCCUGUACCGCAGUAUCACCACUUCUCCAUGGCAGGAGUGACCCACGCAAAGAUUCCGGCGCCUCAGCCGGGAGAAGUUGCUCCGGAGGAGUUUCAGGCGGCAGCUUCCGACAAGGCAGAGAAGUAUUUCUUCUUCUCCGAGCCGCAACGGGUUGCUACAUACUGGGCGCUCGCAGAAGGAAUCUUGGACAUCUCUGGACCGGAGAUUUGGCCCCUCUAG